ACUCUAUCAAUUUAUAAUUAAUUUUCAUAAUCAGGAAUAUUCUUUGGAAUACAAAAAGAUUACUAAAAAUACGAUUUAUUGAUUAUUUGCAUAGUCCACCAAUUUCUAUGAUUAACCAGUCAGUCAGUUGGGAUUUGCAUUACUCAAAUAACUACAAUGAAUGCUUUUCGUAAUUCACUGAUUAAUUCUUGAUGAAAACUUUAUGUGCAUAGUGAAAUGAUUCAAAAACUUGUUUUUCAUUACACAACUGGAAAUAAUUCAAGUAACUAGAGUAAAUUGUGCGAAAAAAAGUCAUUGAAUUAAUCAGGACCGAUAAAUGGAACAUUCAACAGGUCAAGUAAUAAUAGUAAAAUUCUAGAGGUGUAAGAAAUCAUAUCAUCUAUUUUUAAAAACUAAUAGAAAUGGAAUAUAUUAUUCAUAAAUUUAAAAAAUAUCGUAUUGUAAAACUAUGUCAUAAUAGCUUUCAUUUUGCAGACAAAGUAAUUUUUGACUACAGUUGACAAAUCUAAGCAGAGAAUAUAUUUUAUCAACAUGAUGGAUUUUAUUGUCCGCAAUAUUUUUGUGUGUAUUCAAGAUUUUCAGAAGUUUGUAUUGCAUAAUAUUAUUAAAUUAAAUUAGUUUAUAACUCAUACGAUUGGACAUGAAUCUUCAAUUAUCUCUGUUGAACUAUCGUGAAGGUCUUGAUACAGUUGAUGAAGGCGGUAGUUCACCUUGUGACCAAACUAUAAACAAUCAACAAUCGUUUCAGUCUCAAUCUGGUACUCAGAUUAUUCAAGCUGACGAACAUUUAAAUGGUGAUUCGAAUAAAAAUUACUUUCGAUUAAUUGACGGAGACGUUCAAAAUCAAUUGAAUUCUUCUAAUACUAAUGAAAAAAGUGGGAUCAUGUCAAAAACUGAUAAACAUAAAAUGAACUACGAGAAAAAUUUCAGUAGUGAAUUUGACAGUGGAAGUACAGAAAUUCCGAAGACUAAAAAAGAUAAAACUAACCGAUUUAAAAAAUGUCGUGAAAAUUUUAAACUUAAAUAUAGAACAUGCUUAAAACGUAUCAAAUUACCUUCUUGGUUAUCUAGACCAUUAUUAUGGAUGUAUACUCAUUCAAGCGGUGUGUUUACAUAUGGACUAUUUCUUUUGGCGAUUUAUGCAUGUAUUAUAUCUGUCAAAGCAAGCAUUGCCUUACCUCCACAAUGUCGACCAUUUUCUGUAAUAAAAAGACUAGACGGGUCUUCAAAUACUUCAGAGAAUGCUAUUCAAUCCUCAGGGAGCAAAGUCGAAAAAGCAUUUGAAUGUCGUCAUGGUGAGGCUUUGAGUAUACUGAUUUUCUAUGGUUUUGGCUUCAUGUUUGGAGAGAUAAUGGAGUUUCUACACUUACCUGGGCUAUUAGGUAUGUUACUUGGAGGACUGCUUCUAAGAAAUGUUGGUGGUAUCUUGAUUCCGGAACAGAUUUACCGUCUAGGUCAACUACCAAGCGGAAGUGUCCCUUAUGGAUACAAUACUAGUUUUUCGAAUUCCUCUACUUACAGUGAGAAGGAUUAUCCUUUCAAUAUAACCGAUCCACGUAUUCAAUUGGCUGCUCUUCUACUGGUAGAUCCAGCUUUAUCCGGAAUCUUAAGACAACUUGCUUUGACUACAAUUCUAACAAGAGCUGGUUUGGGUCUUGAUCCUCAAGCGUUGAAACAAGUAUGUGGUAGUGUGUUUCGUCUUGCAUUCAUACCAUGUCUUACAGAAGCAACAUCUUUGAUGAUAUUUAGCCGUUUUUUGGUUAAAUGGCCUUGGUCUUGGGGGGCUAUAUUAGGAUUUGUUUGUGCAGCUGUUUCACCAGCUGUUAUAGUGCCGAAUAUGAUGCGUCUAGAAGUUACUGGAUGGGGUGUAGCUGAAGGUAUACCUACACUGGUUGUGGCUGCUUCCAGUUUAGAUGAUGUUGUUGCUAUUACUGGAUUUGGUGUUGCACUCGGUGUAGCUUUGUCCACAGAUAGGAAUCUAGUGCAUACAUUGUUUUGGGGACCACUUGAAGCAAUUAUUGGUGCAUCAUUUGGAGCAGCUGUAGGAGUAUUAUUACUUUUCUUUCCUCCACCGAAACUUGAACAUUCUCAUUUUAUUCGGGGUAUACUUUUGGUGUGCUUUGCUAUAACUGGGUUAAUUGGUUCGGUUGCAAUACAUUUGCCAGGUGGAGGUGCAUUGUCUUGCUUAACUUUAGCUUUUAUCGUGGCCACUGGUUGGCGCCGUGGAUUUCCAUGGCGUUUAACACAAUCAACAAGUAGUUUAACGGAACCAUUACCAAGUGAUGUACAAAAAUCACACCAUGGAAAUUCAAAUUAUCCGGCAAAUCCGCAAACAAAUAAGCAUAAUGUGUCUUUGUCAAGAGAUUCCGUUCUUACUAAUGAAGAUUCUCAAGCAAACCUUACGACAGUUUGUUCAAAGUUUGAAUCUAUUGAGGAAAAUUACAAACAUUCUGAUGAGGAUACUGACGCUGAAAGUAUGACAAAACAACAAAAAGAUUCAAACAAUCCAAGUAUACUUGAAUCACUGGUUGAAUUUCAUCCUUACUAUUGCUCAAUUUUGCGUCAGCAGUAUGGCCAGCAUUCUUCAGGUGAACAUAGUAACCGCAGUAGUCUCCGUAAUCGCUUCCCAUCUGAUAGUGACAGAAAGCGAGGAGAUCUUCCAUCGUUAGCUGUUGCAGUGGCGGCUACUGGUUUAGAGAAAAAAGUGGAAGGAUCAUUCGCCAAACAACCACAACAGAAUAGUUCCCAGCAACAAACUCAACAAACACUGACAAACUCAUUUUAUAAACCAAGAGCAUCUCGAAGGUUCAGUCUACCUGAACCAACCGCUCACUAUGAAUUGGAAUCAUUUUCUGUACCUCAUCAAUUUCGACGAGGAAGGAGUCCGUCUACUGCAAACGCUUUACGUCAUAUGAACAAGUCGAGGCGAAGAAUUCUUGCACCAUUUCCGGAUCAGUACUCACCAUUUUACAACAAUCAACCCGUUGAAAAAGUUGAAGAAGUUGAAGAAAAUGAUGAAUGCUCAUCGAAUGAAACAGAAAGACCAGAUAAUAAUAAUGCUAGUAAAAAUUUCGAUAGUCCUUACCAUCAUGAACAACCGUUCAGCGAUGUUGUUGUUCCAGCUACACCAGUUGAACGUGGAUUGGCUUGUUUGAAUUCUAUGCGGAGAACUAUGGCGGUUACAUGGUGGUUUGUACAACCUAUUCUAUUUUCGUUGAUAGGAUCAGAAGUUGACUUAUUACACUUGCCUGGUGGCUCAACUGCAUUAGGACUUGGAGUUGCUGCAUUCGUACUUGCUCUGGUUGCUCGUUUAGCAGCAACAAUACUGGCUGUUUUACCAUCAAAAUUAAAUAUGCGUGAGCGAUUGUUUAUAGCCUUUGCAUGGUUACCGAAAGCUACUGUACAAGCAGCUGUUGGACCAGUUGCAUUGGAUACAGCUAGGCAAUUGAAUUCAAAUGCAGAAAUAAUCGGUUGGGGAGAACAGGUUGUUACAUUGGCUGCCAUCUCAAUUCUAAUCACUGCUCCAUUAGGUGCAAUUUUAAUGCCACUUACUGCACCUUAUUUAUUACGUCAAGAUACUCAAACUUCACAAGUAUUAAUAGAACGUACUAAUCCUAAACAGUCUCCUGUACCUACUUCAAUCCAAUCAAGUAAUAUAUCCAAUAAAAAAUCACAAAAACCCGAUCAAAAAUCACCAAAACCAUCGGUAAUCGAUGCAACUAAACAAGCUCAAUCGAAUAUUGUACGUAAUACAAAGUUAUAAUUAAUCAUAGAAAUCAAUUUGAAUGUUUCAUGUUUUUACACGUUUACCUCUUUUCUUCUGGCGUUUUUUUUGUGGGUUAUUCAGUUUAUUCAUUUUUUCUCAGUAAGAAAAAAAAAUCAAUCACUCACAAUGAAUUUUUACAAUCUAACAUGAAAGUAGAUAUUAGUUGACAAUUUCGAAAAUCCCUUUUCAUUUUGUUUCUCCUUCACCAAUCCAAUUUAAAGUGCGCAUUCAUUUAAAAUUGAAUUGGUUUUUGAUUUUCUAAAAAAAAACACAAACAACAAUUACAAUUUAUUAUUAGCAUUACAAUUGAUUUCAUUUGGAAAAAUAAUAAGUAAAAAGGAAUUAUUGUACAGUUUCCAAUUGUUUUGUCUUUUUUUGGAUGAAGAGAUUCUUACUUCAUAGAAAAAAAAAACCAAAUUUAUUUAUUUCAUUUUUAUUAAAACAAGAAAAUUUUGAAAUGAUGGUUUCCGAAUUUCAUAUUGAUCAUUUGUUCAUUUUUUUUCUUUUUUUUUCUGUCGUUUAAAAACGCUCAUCAUCAUCUUCAAUUCAGAUUUUGAUUUGCAUGUUCACUCACACCUAAUAGAAAUUUUAGUAUGAUCAUUUAGUAAGUAAGUAAGUAAGUAUUAAACACACCUACACACACACACACCAAACACACGAAAACAAAUAAAGAAUAAUUCAUAAAUAUUUUAAUGAAAUCAUUCUUAGCAUUUGAGUUGUACAUUUGUAUAGUUGGGAUUUUUAGUAAGUCG